AGAUGACUGAAAAUCCGUCUCCAGUUUGGGUUGAUUUUGUCAAAAGAAUACAAUCCUUAUUGAAAUUACUGCAGUCAAACGAAGACGAGAAGACAGUUCAAGUCUUGCAAAAGUACUACCGGGCUGCUUAUCCUGUUAUGCUUCAGUCUAAUAGAAUAGAUGAUUUUCUUGCCACUAUAAGCAGGACGUGUAGUGCUCUCCAGGAUAACAGUGCCCCGUUAAAUCUCAAAGAAGUAAAAGGUGUCGUUAAGAAAGUCCUAAGUGAACUACUGAAAAUGAUUAAACCAGAGCAGGGCCUAGAAAUCACGAAAGGAAAAGUUACAAUUGAGGAUGAGAAAAUGGAGAAAAAGCUAUUGAAAACAAAUUCUCAGUCCCAAAUAGUAGUAAAUGUCGACCGGUCUAGUUGUACGGCUUUGAUAUCUUCUAAAAUUGAAACCUGUUCAGACAAGCAACUGAUAGAUGUAAACUUGGAAAAUGAGAACAGUGCUGCAGAUGCUCUAAAAACACUCAAGCGUACAAAUGGUGACCCGAAUGCAGAUCUAGGUGAUUUACAGAAAAACAAAAAGAAGGCGAAAACAACAGAAAACGAUGAUGAGUCUGAAGAUGACGCCGAAGGGGUUCAUGCUGAUCAGCAAUCGGAACAGACAGGAAACGGAGGAGAGACGGAAGAGGAAAAGAUAAAAGGACUCAAAAUUGAAAGUUUUAUCUGCAAACUGGAGAAAAACUUAGCGCGACUUGAAAAGGACAUUGCGAAAAUUGAACUGAUGGAUAACGACUUGGACGACCUGCAAAGUAGUAAUAGUGCCUACAUACAGCUAUCAAAAUGGAAAGCUCAAGCUGUUAAAAUACACAAGAAGCUCUGUGAGCUGAGGAAGGAGUCGCAAUCAUUGCAACGAGAACAGUACAAAAGUUUGAGGUUCAAAUCGACUCAUUAUGAAGAUCUGAAUGAGAGAAUCACUCAGUUAAUCAACAAAAGCAUUGAGCCACCCGAUUUUCCAGAUGUUUUCCAUGUUGUCAAGAAUUUCAAUGAUCAAAAGUUCAAAUUCAGCAAUUUGCAAUUGACGGCAGAAGGAAUUUUCAAAGACAUCAUCAAAAUGUUCAAGAAACGGCGUACUCGAGAUUUCAAAGAGACAUUCGUAAACCAUGCGGUUGAUCCAAAUAAGGAACUCUACGUUGAAAAUAUGGAUGAUCUUCGAGAAAAAUUGAGAAAAAACAAGAGACUUUGUGAAACGGAAAUUGAGUUACUGGAUAAUUUUGCAAAUGCGAGCCAGUUCUCAAUUCUCGCCUCAAAUGUUGACAGAGGCGCCCUAUCCUCAGACUUAAAAGAAGUCUUUCCAAACUCACUUUUUGCCUUUAAGAAAAGUGCUGAAGCUUACAUACUGGGGUUCAAAAGCAGAGAGGAACAAACGGAGGCUUUAAAUUCAGCUGCUAAAAGUCCUAUCAAACUUUUUGACAAAACUCUAGUAUUGGAAACGAAGAAUGCCGAAUAUGACCCAGAAAUUGGGAAUGACGACGCCACACAAGACGACGAGGAUGAUGCUGAAAGUGAGGAGACGGAAGGUAAUAAAAGUGAUUCAAGUAUACAUGUUGGAGACGUGAACGCGGACGAAGUUUUCAGCGAAGAUGAAGAGGAAAUCUCAUGUGACGAAGAUGAAGAAGAAAUGGAACCGUGUGAAAAAAUAGUGAUUGAGGUUGAUGGCGUCGAAGUGGGCCCAGCUGCACUAGAUAAUACAGUUAACAUAAUUGAAGAUGAAGAACGCAGCAGUACCGUGGGGAUGGCAGGUGUAAAGAGAUCGGAAGCAAAUGGCAUCGAUAAAGUAUGCCUUCCAGAAACCACGAGCAAGUACGCAUUGGAAACUCCUGUUUGGAGCACUUGCUUGCGAAUAUCAGAACCAAUUGACUUGUCCUUGAAAAUGGACCCAAAAACAGAAGAAGCUUCCGAAGAGGAAGUUUUAAGCGCUUCUAAAACAGCGAAAGUGGAACUUAUUUCUCUGGACAGUGAUGAUCAAGAAGAUAUCGGGAGUAGGUCCACAAAAGAUGUAAACACUAGCCAAGGACCAUCUCAGUCAAACUUUGUUGUCUUAGAUUGAUUUCAAUAAAAACAGAUAGUUUUG